CAAGAACACUGCCGGUUUUUAACCUAGCCUUAAAACCUGAUGUUUCGCAUUGUCCGCGAAUUGUCUCGCGUAGAAAUAAUUCAUUCACGAGCCACUGGAAGUUGCGGGACGACUGGAUUCGUGGCAAAGAGCCAAACAAUGAAACGAACGAGAGCGGCUACGAGGAUUCAGCAGGGAAAUAAAAUCGAGAAGGAUGAGAAUGGCGAGGAUACGAUAACCAAAACCCGAACGCCGACGGUGUCAGAAAGACCAAAACUGAACCUCAAGUCCUUACGAAAUCAAAAUACUAAAAAUGUAUCCAAUACAAUGGAUCAAGUUGUUGCUUCUUCUAAAAGAUCCAAGGUUUCUCAGAGAGAGCCCAAAAUGGAAACUCACGUUGAAAAAGGAAAGGAAGAAGAGGAGUUAAAACCAAACGCAAAACCCGGUAAAGGAAAACGGAGAGCAGUUGUGGACUUGCAGAUGAUGAAAGCAGAAUUGAGUCAAUUAGAGGAUCCUCCUGUGACACCCUGGGAGAAGGAAUUAUCAUCUGGCAGAUUGCAGUACGAGUUCUUCGAUACUCCCUGUGAAGAGCUAGCGCAGCGGCUGUUGGGAAAAGUACUUGUAAGGUAUCUCGAGAACGGGACUGUCCUCAAGGGUAGGAUCGUAGAGACCGAGGGAUAUUUAGGCGCGAUUGACAAGGCGUCCAUGACUUACCAGAACAAAGUUACGCCUCGCAACCUGCCGAUGUACAUGCCACCGGGGACUAUUUACGUUUACAUGACAUACGGCAUGUACCAUUGCUUCAAUAUCUCUAGUCAAGGUGUGGGAUGUGCGGUGCUGCUGCGAGCCGUCGAGCCUCUAGAGGGUUUGGAGGGCAUGGCUGAUCAGCGUAAGAUGAAGAGGAAAACCCGCACCGAUCUUAAACCGCACGAGCUGUGUAACGGCCCCUCGAAGCUCUGCAUGGCGUACCAGCUUAAUAGAGAACAUAACAGGUAUUCUGUUUGUACAUGGAAGGGUAUGUGGAUCGAGGACGAUGGUGCACUGGAGGAUAUCAAGAUCGUUAAGGCCGCCAGGAUCGGAAUCGAUAGCUGCGGUCCAGAAUGGGCCAGCAAGCCUUUGCGCUUUUAUGUUUAUGGUAACACGUCCGUCAGCAAGAGAGACAAGAAGGCAGAGAUGGAAAUUCUUUAACUGCUCGAGGCUGAUCGUUCUAUCAAGUCCAAUUUGCAUGCUCCUACGUAAAAGAAAAAGUGAUAUUCUUAUCGAGUGCAUUUAAAAACAUUCUUUAUAUAAAUCUGAAUCAUAAUAAAGCAACAAAUUAGUCAUUCGAAUGAGAUACCAAAUUAUUGUUAGAGAACCACGAAGCACAAGGUUUCUCGUUUCUUUUUCAAGAGAAACGAUUUGAUAAAAUACUUUACUAAUGAUCUCUCCAUUUAAUAUUCUGCUAUAAAAGAUUGAUAGUUCAAAAAAACUUAUGCCCGUUAAUUAUUUAUUUAUACAAAUUAUUGAUAAAAAUGUUGACAAAAAUUGAUAAUUAAUAUUGAUACGAUUAAAUUGUGAAGUAACAAUUCUGCGAAGAUUCGAAAAAUUUGAUUAUGAAAUUGUCAUCAACAAAUUAUGUACUAUAAAGCAUCAACGUUGAUUAAGAUCUUAAUGUUGUAUACGUUUAUUUUAUACAUUCAAAUUGUAUACAUUUCUGGCAUGUGAAUAAAUUAUUCGAUUUUGGCAAUGAGUCGAUUAAAGUAACUUAUUACAAUGAUUGGAUCUGUAUUAUGCGAAUUAAGUUUGCUCUAUAUUAAUCAAUCUAUACAUAUACAUAAAUACGAUUUAAAUUAUAUAUAAUUUAAAUUAUAUAUAUACAUAUAUAUAUAUAGGAUCUAAAUUGUAAUCCUAAUAAUUAGAUCAUAAUAAUUUCACUAUUAUGCGACCCAAAGUCUUAAGCUGAAGUUCAAUGUAUUGUAAUAUUUUUUUAUGCAUUUAUCUUAAGAAACUUAAAGCUAUAGGAAAAUUAAUAAAAAUUUGAAAAAUAUUAAAUCUCAAAA